AUGGUCUCUGUCCAGAAGAACUUCUGUGUUCUGAGGGAAGAAGAUAUUCUCAGGCACCAGAUGGAUGAUAUUGAGCGUGUUUCCGUCGUCCUUUCCAUAACUGAAGUCGAAGCAAGUUUUCUGCUUCGUCACUAUCACUGGAGUGUCGGAAGAGUUCAUGAUGAAUGGUUUGCGGAUGAAGAGAGAGUGCGGAAUACUGUUGGCUUAUUAGAGAGUCCUGUUGUUCCACCGUCUGAUGACACAGAAGUAUUCUUACUGACACAUGGUCUGGUGGUUUUGCUGACAUGUGGAAUCUGUUUCGAUUCAUACCCUCCUGAGCAAAUUGCUUCGGUUUCUUGUGGCCAUCCUUUCUGCACCACAUGCUGGACAGGUUACAUCAGCACCACCAUUAAUGGUGGCCCCGGAUGUUUGAUGCUAAGAUGUCCCGACCCAUCUUGUCUAGCUGCUGUUGGUCAUGAUAUGGUUGACCAGUUAGCGUCCGAAGAAGACAAGAAGAAGUACAAUAGAUACUUUCUUAGAUCUUAUAUUGAAGACAACAGAAAGAUGAAGUGGUGUCCUGCCCCGGGGUGUGAUUAUGCCAUUGAUUUUGUUGCCGGGUCUGGAAAUUAUGAUGUUUCCUGCUUGUGCUCGUUUAGCUUUUGCUGGAAUUGCACAGAAGAGGCUCACCGACCUGUGGAUUGUAUCACAGUUUCAAAAUGGAUUUUAAAGAACAGUGCUGAAUCUGAAAAUAUGAAUUGGAUACUUGCCAAUUCAAAGCCUUGUCCAAGAUGCAAGCGGCCAAUAGAAAAGAAUCAGGGUUGUAUGCACAUCACACGUACACCGCCUUGUAAAUAUGAAUUUUGUUGGCUGUGUCUUGGUGCAUGGAUGGAUCAUGGGGAAAGAACUGGUUAUGCUUGUAACCGGUACGAGGUGGCCAAGCAAGAAGGGCAGUAUGAUGAGACCGAAAGGAGGAGAGAGAUGGCAAAGAAUUCAUUAGAGAGAUACACACAUUAUUAUGAACGCUGGGCAAGCAAUCAAACGUCGAGGCAAAAGGCUAUGACGGAUCUGCAGCAAUUGCAGACGCAUAAUCUUGAGAAGCUUAGUGACAAACAGUGCACACCAGAAUCUCAGCUCAAAUUUAUCGUAGAAGCUUGGCUCCAGCGCAGAUCAUCGAAUGUUGAAGAAGACAGCUUAACGUUGUCGUAUGGUUCAUGGGAAGCUGAGUCAGGUUUGGAGGGGCUCCAUCAGUGCGUAGAAAAGGAGUUGCUUCAGUUUCUCAAUGCGGAAGGCCCAUCAAAAAAUUUCAAUGAUUUCCGGACAAAACUAGCUGGUUUGACCAGUGUGACGAAAAACUACUUUGAGAAUCUGGUGAAAGCUCUGGAGAACGGUCUUGCUGAUGUAGACUCGCACGCGGCUUGCAGCAGCAAAACAACAAGCUCUAAAUCAACAGGUUGCAGUGGCAAAACAAGAGGUAAAGGCAAAGGAAGUUCCAGAUCCAGCAGAAGCCCAGAUAACUGAUAAUAUUAUAUCUCAUGUCCUCGUUAAGGUAUAAAAACCCGAACCAGUCUGAAAAGCUUACUUCAGUAGUUGUAGUUUCUUAGUACAUUUGGAGAAUGCAGAUGAUCAAAGUGAAGUCUAGUUCGUCUCUCAUGUGGGUAUCGGGGUUUGAUUUGUAGGGUUUGGGAUACGUUUCCUACUCAUGUAUAGUGUAAAAAGAAUAUUUAUGUGUCAUCUCUACACACAUUGUAACUUUACUCCUGCC